ACACACACACACACACACACACACACACACACACACACACACACACACACACACACACACACACACACACACACACACACAGAGUCUCAUUCUACAAGAUAACACCCCGGUCUGCCUCCCUCCUCCACACCCCGUUAGCCCCGGCAGCUAGCUGCAGCUCUCCAGGCCACAGCGGCCGCCCCGGUGUCGGUGCAGCAUCCCCAGCCUCCUGCCAUGGCGUUGGUAACAUUGCAGCGGUCCCCGACUCCGAGCGCCGCGUCCACCGCCAGCACAGCGACCACGACUGCGGGGGAGGACUUUGGGAGUGACGAUGAACGGCGAAUAAAUCAGAGUUUGAGCGAGAGCUUCUUCAUGGUGAAGGGCGCCGCUCUCUUCUUGCAGCAAGGAAGCAGUCAGCAAGGCCAAAAAGCACAGCCACCUCACAAACAUGCAGGUGAACUACCUCAGCACCUGCAGGUGAUGAUAAACAUUCUCCGCUCAGAGGACAGAAUCAAACUGGCAGUGCGUUUGGAGAGUGCGUGGUCGGAUCGGGUGCGGUACAUGGUGGUGGUGUACACCAGCGGGCGACAGGACACAGAGGAGAACAUCCUUUUGGGAAUCGACUUCACCAACAAAGACUGUAAAAGCUGUUCAGUCGGCAUGGUGCUACCUCUUUGGAGUGAUACAAAGAUCCAUCUGGAUGGAGACGGGGGCUUCACUGUGAACACAGCAGGUCGGACUCAUGUUUUCAAGCCCGUGUCGGUGCAGGCUAUGUGGUCGGCGUUGCAAGUGCUGCACAAGGCUUGUGAAGUGUCGCGCAGGUUCAACUACUUCCCCGGAGGCAUGGCCCUCACCUGGAUGGGAUACUAUGAGAGCUGCAUCGCCUCUGAGCAGAGCUGCAUCAACGAGUGGAACGCCAUGAAGGACUUAGAAACCACGCGGCCAGACUCACCCAUUAUGUUUGUCGACAAGCCUUCAGAGAGGGAAAGGACAGAGUGCCUUAUUAAAUCCAAACUAAGAAGCAUUAUGACCUCCCAGGACCUUGAGAACGUCACCUGCAAACAGAUCCGAACUGAACUGGAGCAGCACAUGAACUGCAACUUGAAAGAAUACAAGGAGUUCAUCGACAACGAGAUGCUGCUGAUUCUCGGCCAGAUGGACAAAGCCACUCUCAUUUUUGACCAUGUCUACUUGGGAUCUGAAUGGAAUGCAUCUAAUUUGGAGGAGCUGCAGGAGACAGGGGUGGGCUACAUCCUCAACGUUACCAGGGAAAUCGACAACUUCUUCCCAGGGACGUUCUGUUAUCACAACAUCCGCGUUUACGAUGAAGACGCCACGGAUCUUCUAGCUCACUGGAACGACACGUAUAACUUCAUCGUGAAAGCAAAAAAGAACGACUCCAAGUGUCUCGUCCACUGUAAGAUGGGCGUCAGUCGCUCUGCCUCCACCGUCAUUGCUUAUGCUAUGAAGGAGUACGGCUGGUCUCUGGAGAAAGCGUAUAACUUUGUGAAGCAGAAGAGGAACAUCACACGACCCAACGCAGGUUUCAUGAGGCAGCUGGCAGAGUAUGAGGGCAUUUUAGAUGCCAGCAAACAGCGGCACAAUAAACUGUGGCACCCGGACGCAGACUGUGAGAUGGCUGAGGGUCAGCAGGGUCUGGCUCAGUUCUGUGGAGGAGAGGACGGGGGGGAUCCCACUGCAGACCCAGGGAUGUCUCCCUGCUGUGAGGAGGGGUCCUCUGACAAAGGCGCCGCCUGCUCAUCCCCAUGCAGGACAGUUGCUCUUGAAAUCGACCCCGCCUACAACAACUACUACUUCCGCCGGCUCUCGGACUCGGCCCUCGACAGCGAGCCAUCAACGCCUGUGCGUGGCCCUCCUCUUCUCGGCAUGGAAAAAGUCUUCAUAGAAAUCGAGGACGUGGAGAGAGACGCCCUGCUGGAUGACGAGGCUUUCCACGGGCGCGAAGGCCUGCCGCUCCCUCACUUUGGACCGACAGCAGAGGGCACCGCUGCCCAGACCUGCAGCCGGGGGCCCGAACCCCUGGAGGAGCUUCGGCUGAGGCUGGAGUUCAGCACAGUGGAGGAGGAGAAUGAGGAGGACGUGCAAAAGGAGGAGGCAGAGAUGGAGGUGUUGAUGCAGCCAGAUGACCGAGGGGGAGGUGAGGGAGACGGUGGUGAGACUCAGGAUGUGGAGGUCGAGGGCGAUGCGGAGGGGAUUGGGAUGGAUCUGGCAUCCCUGAACGACAAUUCAAACAACAACAAUCAUUUGAGCCUUCUACAAAACCACAAGGACACAUCCUCCUCCUUCCUUCUUCAUAAAGAUGCUUCUCUGAUGUCUGGGUCUCAUCAGAAAGCGCAUUCUUCUUCUCCAGCUUCUGAGCUUCGCCUUAACACCCGCCCUCCUUCUGAAGUCCAAAGUUCUUCAUUGGGUCAUUCUGAAGGCGUUUCGACUUCACCGGGACUUCUGAACUCCUGUGGUCCUCAGUAUGACUGUGCCAACUGUGCAGCCUUUGCCACUGCUCUGCUGUCCUCAGAGGAACAGCGGUCAGUAGAGGACAGCAGCCAUUUGCUUCAAGACAGCUCGACUGAAUCUGCUUCGGAUGUUCUCCCUGAGCUGAUGAGAGCCGAUUUUGAGGAAGACACUCCCGCAGUGGCUUGUUACCUUGGCCAACAGCAGGAGAGCCUUUUGCAGCUGCGUCGGUCUGGCCUGGUCCGGCGUCGGGCAGAGAGGCUCGAGAGGCUUUCAGGAAUGUCCCUGCAGGAAUGCCAGAAGUCUAAGAGGUGUCCGUCUCGCAAUGAGGAGAAGGAGGAGUUCACCAGUUUUACCGGGGAUUUUGCUGAAACUUCAACCCCGUGCCAAGUGCGGUUAGAGCCACUGGUAGUGCCACUGACCAACGAAGCCUUGUUGGGGGUGGUGGGUUCAGGGCUCCUCACGCCCACCUCCUCCCCUCACGGCUCCACGCUGACACGGAGCUCCAGCAGCGACAGCCUGCGCAGCGUGCGGGGGAAACCCGGCCUCGUGCGUCAGAGGGCGCAGGAGAUCGAGACGCGCUUGCGGCUGGCAGGCCUAACCGUGCCCUCCAGGCUGAAGCGCUCCAACUCGCUGGCCAAGUUGGGAAGCCUCAACCUCUCCUCCGAUGACCUGUGUUCGGCCUGUUCUUCAGACGCAGGCACGCUGCUGCUCCUCUCGCUGUCCCCUGAGCCGGACCAAGGCUUACAGUGGGACUCUCCAACCGCCUCGUCGUUGUCCAGACCCGGCAAGAACCUGCUCACCCCAGAAAGAGCACUUCCAGGUGAGCCCAGGAGCUGACAAAUCAAGUGGGACUCACACAUUUGUAUGCUCCACUCACCUUCCCUUCUGUCGCGCUGUGCGGCAGUGAAGGGCUACACCCAUUCCAGGAGAGAAGCGAGUCAAAACCGAGCUAACACAAACACAAUGCCAACUCUUACACAAGGAGGCCACAAUGUCUCUCAAACUGCUGUUCAUAGCGAUCAAAGUCAUACUGCUGUAUCUGACAAACCUGUUAAGCCAUCAGAUCACCUCUAACUCUGAAUCACAGACAAACAAGUGCCUUACCCAAGAGACCCGAGGCACAGAUCUGUGUGACAGAUUGCAUGCUCAGACGGUACGAGGCGCUCUGUGACCUUUAACACGGUUUCCAGCAGCUCCUACUUUACCUUUACCUGUCAGGUACAAAAUUAUAGCCUGCAUUGAUGAACUUGAAUUCCUCAACGAGCUUCACAGAAACUGAGAGUUUGGUUCAGUGGAAGCAGAGUUGUUUUGACUAUUUUUUUAUUUUUUUUUUGGUUUUAAAGGUUACCUCAUGUUGCAUUCAGUGAGUUCCUGUCCAGAAUAUUUCAGGACUUUCGAAGUGAGAUUCUGCAGUAUGGUUAAAAGCAGUUAAUAUUUUACUUCUAAUAGAAAUGGUAACUCUGUUAGAGUCUUGCUGUAAUACACUGCACUGUUACAGCAAGUUUUACUCCUGGCAUUUAGGCAAAAAUUAGUUGAUAGGAAAUUAGACAUUUUUAAAAGAAUAAUUAAACAAUGGAAAAGGAGCAUCCCUUCUAAAAAGAGCUAAACUAAACUAUUCUUUCUAUUUAUAGGUAGCGGAUGCAAUAGAUUGAUGCCAUUCUUGAUUAGCGGUUUAAAUUUUAGGAGACCUACAGCAUUCAAAUCCUUAUAAUAAUCGCUGACCAGCUUUUUGAAUGUUUCUAGGCUUUUUUAAGGUUUGAAUUUGUCCAAGUUUUCAGUACUUGGUCUUAAAUUUCAUUUUGUCAUAUCUAAUAAUCAUAUUUAAAUCAUGGUCAUAAAACGUUUUAAAUUUAAACCCAUUGAAGCUUACAGAAACCUUGUGUCUUUCAUGUUGGGGAUUAUUUAGCCUGAAACGAUUAACAUGAAAUUGAGAAAGGAGGCAUUGUGCCACAAUGAGCUUCCGCAUGAAACAAGUACUAAGAACAAAACAUGUAACACAUUUUUAUUCAGAGACAGCAGAAGCAGAGUACAAACCAAAAUAUACAUAAUUGUCUGAUUUGGCAAUCAGACAAUUAUCCUGACUGGAAACCUUUAAAUGCUCUGUUCUCAGUCGGUGUUUCACAUAGAAAGAUCGUUAGUUUUAAUAAUCACCCAAUGCAAACAAGAGAACAGUCUAAAGUUUUAUCCGUUUUAUAAACUGCUUGGCGAUUGGAAUUGUUUUAAGAGGAUAAAAUAUCGCUGGUUUGGCCUCUGAGACCAUCUAAACUGGAUUUAUAUUGAAUGAACAGAACCUCACUUCAAAAAUCCUGAGCUAGUCUUUUAUUUGGACUUCUAAUGCUUGGUUAGAGUGAGGACAUUGUUUUUUAAACUAAUGUGUUAAUUACACUUGCGUAUGAGUGCGUGAAUGGGAGUGGGAAGAGAAACGACCGUUGCCAGAGGUAUACUUGCUGUUUUCAACAAACAGAACAGAAUAUUUUCUGAGUUUGUUGUUCCUUUUGCACUGCUUUUUGUUACCGAGUCGAUUCUGGCGAGCUAUCUUCCAAAAUAACAUUGGAGUAAUAUUAUUAACCUCAUCAUUUCCUACAUUGCAUGAUAUUUGGUGGGGGGGGAGCGUAGUGACAAGAAGUCAUGCAGCAUGACUUGAGAUCAAAGUAAAAAUGGCUUGUGUGAGAGUUAGGUCUCACAUUUGUGUGGGCAUUUCUGACAUUUAAAAAUAAAAAAUACAGUUUCAAUGCUACCUGUAAUCAUUCUCUGGCUUAAAUUCAGUUCAAGUGCUGCCAAUGUCUUUAAGCUCAUUUGUGCAUUUCGAAGUGUGGGACACCAAAGUUUUUUUUGCCGUCUUAACAAAUUGAAAGCUGUACGAAAUUCGUGAAUCCUAAUGUCAACCGCGUACAUAUUUAAAUGCUGUCACCUCUAUUUUGCACCUUUCGGAGUAGUCCAAGAGAAUCUGAGGAGUCAUGGGGCUCAUAGCUGUUAGGCUUUUAUGCUCAUAUCAUCAGUGAGUUUUAAAGCUUUUGUGACGACGUUCACAAUAGGUUACUUCACAGUUUUGUAACCUUUUUUUUUUAUAUUUUAAUUAUGCAGUAAUUUUUGUACUGUGCAUUGCUGUAGUUUGAAUGCAUAUUGCACUUUUUAUGUUGGUAAGAAAAUAAUGUACUGUAUGUGCUAAUUAUGAAAAUAAAAUCCUCUUUUACAUAACUUA